AUGGACAAACCACACGCUGAACAUGUCGAGGCAAACGAUGCUGAGGCCACGGCUGAGUUAUCUAGCGCUGGUGGCGAAGGGGGUCUAUCAAGAGAGCAUCGAGAAUAUCUCCUCAGACGGCAUGGGACGUUGCAGCUCAGACCCAUCCCAUCAAUGGAUGACGCCGACCCGUACAACUGGUCAUCACGGACGAAAAUCACCAACCUGGCCCUCGUGGCUUUCCAUGCAAUGAUGGCAACAUUCACAGCAUCAGCAAUCCAGAGCGCCUUCGUGGAGAUCGCCGAAGACCUGGACGUCAGCGUACACCGGGCUAGCUAUCUCACCUCUCUGGUCAUUGCUAUUCUCGGCGCCGCUCCCUUGUUCUGGAAGCCCUUUGCAGAUCGAUACGGUCGACGUCCCAUCUUCUUGCUCUCGUUGGUUUGUAGCCUUGUUGGGAAUAUCGGAUGUGCUAAUAGUCCUUCCUACGCGACAAUGGGUCUAUGUCGCGCAAUAACAGCUUUCUUUAUCUGCCCUGCUGCGGCGAUCGGAAGUGGCGUUGUGCGUGAGAUGUUUUUCUCCCGGGACUGUGCUCGAUACAUAGGCGUUUGGGCAUUGAUGGUAACUCUCGGUGUACCGUCAGCACCAUUUAUUUUCGGUUUCGCGGUGAUGAGAGUUGGUUAUAGGUGGAUUUAUUGGACUCUCGCGAUAGUCAACGGUGUCCAACUUGUCCUCUACUUCUUCCUUGGUCGUGAAACGCUCUAUGUUCCGCCCACUGGGGAUGGCGAGAAAAUGAGCAAGCGCCAUCUUCUCGGGUUCAGUCGCCUUAAUCCGGCCCCUCUUACUCUUAGGGACUUUCUCGGUCCCUUGUCUCUAGCUGCGAGGCCUUGCGUUUUAAUCCCCGCCGUCGCAUACUCGAUGGUCUUCCUCCUUGCGGGCAUCCUGAUAUCCAUUGAAAUUCCACAGGUAUUUCCCGAGAAAUUCGGCUUGAACGCACAGGAGGUCGGUCUCCAAAACCUUGCUAUCAUUAUCGGCUCCGGUCUCGGCGAGCACAUAGGUGGUCAUCUCUCAGACCAAUGGAUGUGGAAUCGCGAAAAGCGAGCGGGCCGAGUCCCAGCUCCCGAGUAUAGGCUGUGGCUCGGUUAUGUCGGUAUUGGCCUCGCUAUCUGCGGAAUCGUUGUGUUUCUGGUUCAAACUGAAAAUGCCUCGAGUCAUUGGAACGUUACACCCUUGGUCGGGGCUGCGAUUGCGGCUGCUGGGAAUCAGAUCGUCACGACUGUUGAUAUCACUUAUGCGGUGGAUUCUUAUUCGAAAGAUCCGGCCGCGGUCGGUGUCUUUAUUACCUUUGUCAGGCAGACUUGGGGGUUUAUCGGGCCAUUUUGGUUCCCUGACAUGUUGAAGAGCGUCGGCUUUUAUGGGAGUAAUGGGAUCAUAGUUGCUCUGCUCGUCGGGGGUUCGGUGAUGUCGACACUAGCUUUGCAAUGGCAGGGUCAUAAAUGGCGGUGA